UUCCCUCAAUUUCAUGUGAAUAGAUUUUCUUUGAUCAAAUAUUGUCAUACGUAUGAAGUGUUUGAUCAAGCUGGGUUCCACUUCAAAUUCCAUUAAUCACUUCUUUACUUGUCUUUUCAUCUUUCUUCUCCAUUAUUCCCCUCACUCUUUCUUUGACCAUUCCAGCUCUAAUAAUACUAGUAUUAAUUCUCUUAUUCUCAGAUUAUUAUUAUUAUUAUUAAUUCCCUUUAAUUCUAAUUAUAAUCGCCCAUCAUCUCAUGGAUUCUCAACACAACAAGAGUAAUCGUCAACUCCAAACAGCUCCUUGCUUCUCAAAUCCUGGACAGAGGGCUGAUGCUUCACCAUCUGUCAUUGUGAUUGGUGGUGGAAUUGCCGGCCUUGCAGCUGCUCGGGCUCUUCACGAUGCAUCAUUUCAGGUGGUUGUUUUGGAAUCUCGAGAUAGAAUUGGAGGCCGAAUUCACACUGAAUACUCAUUUGGUUUUCCUGUUGACUUGGGUGCAUCCUGGUUACAUGGUGUCUGCAAAGAGAAUCCUUUGGCACCUCUCAUUGGAAGACUAGGACUACCUCUCUAUCGUACAAGUGGUGACAAUUCUGUGUUGUAUGACCAUGAUCUAGAGAGUUAUGCUCUUUUUGACAUGGAUGGUAAUCAAGUUCCUCAGGACUUAGUGACUAAAGUUGGCGAAACAUUUGAGAGCAUUUUGAAAGAGACUGAUAUAAUUAGACAAGAAUUUAGCGAAGACAUGUCUAUUAGCCGCGCUAUAUCAAUGGUUUUUGAUAGGAGACCAGACUUAAGGCUCGAUGGCAUAGCUCAUAAGGUGUUGCAGUGGUACCUUUGCAGAAUGGAAGGCUGGUUUGCUGCAGAUGCUGAUACCAUCUCACUCAAGUGCUGGGACCAGGAAGAAUUGCUUCCUGGAGGGCAUGGUCUUAUGGUUCGAGGAUAUCGUCCUGUCAUCAACACACUAGCGAAAGGGCUUGAUAUUCGCUUAAGUCACAGGGUUACGCAAGUAGUAAGACGUUAUAAUGGAGUGAAAGUGACUGUUGAGGAUGGGAGAACUUUUGUAGCUGAUGCUGCUGUUAUUGCUGUUCCUCUUGGUGUUUUAAAAUCGAAUCGGAUCAAGUUUGAACCCAGAUUACCUGAAUGGAAAGAGGCUGCCAUCAAUGAACUAGGUGUAGGGAUUGAGAACAAGAUUAUUCUGCACUUUGAGAAGGUGUUUUGGCCGAAUGUUGAAUUCUUGGGGGUAGUUGCAGAGAGCUCAUAUGAAUGUAGUUACUUUUUGAAUCUUCACAAGGCCACUGGCCAUAAUGUCCUAGUUUAUAUGCCUUCGGGACAGCUGGCCCGUGACAUUGAGAAACUGUCAGAUGAAGAUGCUGCUAAUUUUGCUUUUAAGCAACUUCAGAGGAUUCUUCCCAAUGCUACUACUCCGGUCCAACAUCUUGUUUCUCAUUGGGGUACAGAUGUAAAUUCAUUUGGAUCCUACAGCUACGAUACAGUAGGGAAGCCUCAUGAGUUCUAUGAAUGGCUGAGAAUACCAGUGGAUAACAUAUUUUUUGCUGGGGAGGCGACGAGUAUGGAUUACCCAGGUUCUGUGCAUGGUGCAUAUUCAACAGGACUAAUGGCUGCCGAGGACUGCAGGAUGCGUGUCCUAGAGCGGUACGGAGAGUUGGAUCUGUUCCAGCCAGUCAUGGGUGAGGAUGCUCCUGUUGCUGUCCCCUUAUUGAUCUCCCGUAUGUAACUACUAUAGUUCCAAUGGCUAACACAUCAUGUGCUGAUUGCUUAGUGAAAAUUGUGGAAACCACAAGGUUCCUCAAUGAAUGAUCAAGCGUUAGCGACAUGUGUAUAGUCAUCUGUAUGCAGUAUUUAUUGCAUUUCUAAGUGAAUUAGGAGACAGGACAAGGUUGCUAUAUUGAAGGUUUAUAUGGUACAAUGGUGCAGCUGCGGAAGUCACCCGUGGAGAUGGGGUCAGACUUGUAACAUCUGCAAAUUGUGGUGCUUAAGUGCACCUUUCAGUUUAAUAGCUACUGUGUGUAACAUGAAUUAUGCUAUAAGAUAAGAUGUGGUGUGUUCUUUUCCUAAGACGAUUUAUUCUU